GAAUUAAAUUCCAUCGAUCUCGGCGUCCUUUGUAGUUCGAUCUGAAAAACCCUGAAAACAUGGCGCUUGUGGUGAUCUGCGGGCAGCCUUGCAGCGGUAAGUCGACGGCUGCACGUUGCCUGGUGGCCGCUCUGGAGGCCGUGGAGCCAAAGCCAACUGUAAGAAUCAUUGACGAGUCCUCCCUACAUCUCGGGCGAAAUCAGAGCUAUGCAGAUAUGACAACAGAGAAGAAUUUAAGGGGAGUUCUAAGAUCAGAAGUUGAUAGAUCCUUGUCAAAAGAUAAUAUUAUCGUUGUGGACUCCUUGAAUAACAUUAAGGGUUAUAGAUAUGAACUGUGGUGCCUUGCUAGAGCUGCUGGAAUAAGAUAUUGUGUGCUUUAUUGUGAUACUGGAGAGAACUACUGCAGGGAGUGGAACAAUAAGCGUGGGGAAAAUGAGGAAGCUUCAUAUGAUAUUAAGAUAUUUGAUGAUCUUGUGAGGAGAUUUGAGAGGCCUGAUCGGCGGAAUCGCUGGGAUUGCCCCCUUUUUGAAUUGUUUCCCUCUCUAGAUGGAGUUGAGCAAUCAUCUCCAGUUAUUUCAGAUGCAGUUUCUUAUCUGACUAGAAUGGUGGAUUCAAAAACAAGAGAUAUUAGAGUUCUUCAGCCUACUAUUGCUACACAGAAUGUACGAACCACAGAGGCAAAUUCACUCUACGAGUUGGACAAAGCAACACAGGAGGUUAUCAAUGCCAUAGUAGAAACGCAGGCACUCGGAGGAAGCUUAAAUAAGAUUUCAAUUGGUCAACACUUUCCCACUAUCAGUAUAGAGAGAAGAGUUGGAUUGCCCGAGCUAAGAAGCCUGCGGCGCACAUUUAUAAAGUUAACAGGGCAAGCCAGCUUGAGUGGCCCACCUCCUCCUGCAGAUGCGGAUAGUGCCAAGAGGAUGUUUGUGGACUAUUUGAACAGAGAAAUUGGUGCUUCUUAGUGUUAUUUUUUUUUAGAAGAUUUGCAUACAUACCACUCAAUUCUUUUGUAUUUACAUUUCUAGCACAUAAACUUCAGUUUUUGACUAUAUGCCACUUUGCCAAUGCAUGUAAAGGUGUGUUUCACUUUUGAAAAG